AAACCCCCCCCUCCUUCCCGUCGCAGGCCCUCGUCGUCGUUGUCGUUGUUGUCGUCGUCGUGAGUGUUGGUUGCUGUCGACCUUGCACGCAGACAGACAGUGCGCCUUUGGUACUCUACGUAGGAGCAACAAGGAACAAAUUGUACGCUGGAUCCCUUUCCCGCGGGGCCUCGGUUCUCUGUCUCAAAUUCUUGAACAAUAGCAAAAAGCCCAACCGAACCACAUCUCGCACACCUCUUCCGCUUUUGCACGACUGGUAACCAUUCACAAUGGCCAGCGGCGGUCCUCCGCAUGAUAUUAUGCACAGAAGAAAUGUCUCUACCGGGUCUAGUGUGUUGAAGCCGACCAUUGCACAGGUCGCGGCAGCUGCUGCAGCGCGAUCUGCUGGGAAAAAGCCCGAGUCGCCACAACAGCAAACACAGAGGUCUGGUCAAACGGCAUGGGGACGUUCAGUGGAAGACACAGCGCCUCCUUCCUCUUCAGAAAUUUUACGUGCCCGAAAGCACUCUCUUCCGGCUACUUCAGCGGCCCUGGCUAUCGCAGCUGCCAAUAUGUCUCCGGAAGACACGUGGAAGAUUGUCGGCAGUCCUCCCCGCCGCUUUUCACUCUCUGUGCCUCCUACGCCCGACAGAUUCCCUCCCGAGCACAAUGGCGUUUCUGUUCAGCAUUUGGAGCGGGAAGAGACGGACGAAUUGAUUUUAUCACGCCAGCGGGCCAUUCGCACGAGAGCUGCCAGUACACCAAAUCCCCUCAUGGCGGCAGAACCGAGUACUCCUGAUUAUCCUCCUGGAUUGGGUCCAAAGGACAAUGACACAAGUGCAAAUACUCCCAACUCUGCUGCCUGGAGCGGACCGAGCGUAUCCUGGGCCGGCUCGUCAUCGUCAAUCUGGCAGGAUGGCGCCGCAACGACUGGUCAACCUUCAGUAUCAGUUCCAGCUGAAAAGGCAUCUGGCUACUUACCACCGGACAUUGCAGUGACAACUGCCCCGUUCCCUUCGCGUCAAUUCCGUAGCUUCUCGUUCUCACUUGGUUCUAUGCGUGGACUUGAUGGAUACGAGGAAGAGGAAAAGUUUGACAGAGACCGAGUAACAACAAUGCCACUCCGUGGAGGCGAUGACAAUGAGGAUGAUGACUACGAUGCCAAUUUAACACUUCCGAAAGUGCGAUCGCGAUCAAAGUCGUCGUCCGAAAUCUACGGUCUCUUGGCCGGCCAGGAACCCAACUACAGUUACCCUGUGGACAAUGCAACGAGUCCGGUAUCUCCCACAGUAGACUAUGGUGACCUAAAUUCAAUUUGGGCCGCUACACAGGGCACCUCUGCUCGCGAUGCUGGCUUGCUCAAACGCCGGGGAUCAACGCAGUCGGGCAUUCACUGGGAAUCACUUCGUCCCGGGCAGGCAGAUCCUGACGAAAUUCCUUCAGCACCAUCUCCCGAUCGUUUGGAACGAUACCGGCAACAGCGACGGUUUUCUCAUGCGCCAGGCUUAUAUAAUGACUACGCCCAACAAAUGAUGACCAGACCGACUGGGGGAGAACCUGAUGUCUCGGCUUAUGAUUUGGCCCGUCGACGACAUUCUUUGGCUGGUCCACUGUACAGCACAUCGGCUUCAAAGUUUUUAUCAGAAGGUCUCGAAGGACUUAGCCUAGAUGAUCACUCUGAUACUCCAUUCUUGGAUGAGAUUGAUGAUUACUUUGAGAACACUAAGCGGAGAACAAGGGCAUGGGUGGAAGCGGGCAAGAACUUGCAGAUGCAGUCGUACACUCAUCAAUGGCCUCUGUUCGUGGUCGAAUUCAAAGCCGGUCGGACCGAUUUCUUCUUCGUUGCUGAACCUUCAGCGCUUCCGGUCAAGAAGGGAGAUUUGGUCAUUGUGGAAGCGGACCGCGGGAAAGAUCUUGGGAAAGUUAUUGAAGACAGUAUCCAAAACAUUCAGCAGCUGCAAAUCUACCAAGCCCAGCACGCAGAAUCAAUCAUUGACGCUCACAGCAUGAACAAAGAAGUCCAUCCGAAACGAAUCUUUCGAACGGCACAACCCGCCGAGGUUACUAUGCUCGUCUCUAAGAGCCAAGACGAAGCCAAAGCUAUGGCGGUUUGCCAGACAAAAAUACGCCAGAAGAAACUUCCAAUGGAGAUUGUCGACGCAGAAUACCAAUGGGACCGGCGGAAGCUCACCUUUUAUUUUGUCGCCGAUCGUCGUAUCGAUUUCCGGGAACUUGUCAGAGAGCUUUUCAAAAUAUACAAGACUCGUAUUUGGAUGUGUGCCGUCAACCCCAUGAAGCCCAUCCUUAAAAAACAGUGAAGCGGUUUUAGAGGUCCCAGAAUGUGGGUUGCGGCGAUAUCACCGGUUACACACUGGCUUCGUCGAUCUGUACCAUAAUUGUGUGAACGAUUGUCUUGACUUCCCCGUCUGCAAUGCUCAGACGUAGAAUUGCAUAUAGGCUGAUGGAUUAGUUUGCUAGAAAGAAGAGUGGACGUGCGCGUCCAAUGAAACAAAGGUAGAGGAGCGCGAGGAGCAAUGCAUGCUUUUUGUGAUAGGAAUUGUACAGUUGGAGCUAGAAGUAUAGGGCAUUAUCUCGUUGUUUCUCCCUUUGUUGUGUAUAGUUGCUAGAGCAUUUGUCUUUUCGUUCCUUGAUUUGCUGUGUGUGCUGGGUUUCUUGUUUGCAUUGUUAGGAUGGUUCUUGUUCUUUUCUUUCCAUUUGUCGCGUAAAAUACAGUAGAAAUGCUCAGUAGACUUCCAUUAUUUCCGGCCAAAAAAAAAGAGACAUUGAG